UUUGAACCCGCUACAAAAUGUUUAGCAAUGGCAUAGUAGGCUCUGAAUAAAUUGCUUUCAAACUGGUGUUUCAUUACAUUUUCAAAACUAUGUUAGUUUCUGCAGUCAAAGCAUUACCAAGGAAAAAAAUUAAUACGAACGAAGAGCUCCGCAAAAAAAUUCUGUACAUUUGGACGAAUAAUCCCAAUAUAAGUUACAAAAAGUUGGCGAAACUCACUGGAUCAACUUAUGACACUGCACGGAGGACGGUUUUGCGCAUUAAGAAAGGUGGCUCAGUGAAGGACAAGCCGAGAAGUGGCCGCCCAAAUGGAUCAGCAGACGCCCAGUUGGAGAAGAAGGUAAUAGCCAUAAUUAGGAAGAACCGCUCCAUGUCAACAAGAGAUAUCGCCAUAAGAGCUAAAACCACGCAUGUGCAGGUCACUCGAAUCAAGAAAAGAAAUGGUAUCAAAACUUACAAAAAGAAAAAAGUUCCAAAACGAAGCGAAAAACAAACUUCAAAAAGUGUUUCCCUUGCACGUAAGUUGUAUGAGACACCACUGGCAAACAAAAAUUUUUGUGUGAUUAUGGACGACGAAACUUAUUUGAAAAUGGACUUGAGGACAUUGCCGGGUAACCAAUUUUACUGCCUGGAGUCUGGAGAAGACAUUUCUGAUUCGGAAAAAACCAUCCAGAUAGAAAAGUUUGGUAAAAAAGUUCUAAUUUGGCAAGCCAUAUGUGAAUGCGGGCAUAAAUCCACGCCAUUCUUCACUAUGGGAACCAUCAACACUGAAAUUUACGUGAAAGAGUGUCUUCAAAAACGUCUUCUGCCCUUCCUACGUCAUCAUAAUGGCCAAAUUAUGUUUUGGCCGGAUUUGGCUCCAGCACAUUAUGCUAAUAUCACCCAAAAGUGGUUCGAAGAUAACAAUGUGCAUUACGUGAGGAAAGACUUGAAU